GUAAACCGUAUCCCUUCAUUCAUCAGGCCGUUUCCUGAAGCCAUUUCUAGACGGGAGGAACGAGAGUUGCGCUACUUUUAAAUCCGUUGCAUCUGCCUAAAUGCACGUUCUUAAGGAAAAAUACUUUUUAAAAAUCGAUCAUUCAGACAUUCAUCUUCACGUCCGUGUGAUUAUUUUUGUCUCUGCCGCGACGGAUUAGCAGCCGUACGGGCUUUAAAGUUGAGAGACAAGAAAGGGGUUACCCCGAAUACGCAAGAUGAGAAGAGGGAUCUCCUCGGCUCCGGACAAAGUGAUUUUAGCAGGGGUUGGGGGCUCCUCUCUGGAUAAUAAUAUAAUUUUAACAGCUCUCUCGGAUCGUUUAAACCCUGGUCAAUCUAAUACCACGUAUAUUCAAAUAAUAACCACCCCACCGCCUUGUAACGUUACACAGACAUCAAGUGUGUGUUUAUCCGAACCUCAGGUUAACAGCAUUUAUACAACUCCGCAACAAGCUGCUGCAAACGGAACCGGACAGCGACCCGCUCUGGGAAGACCACCGGCAAAAAGGCGGUUGGCGCUUGACGACUCGGAUCACCAGUACCAGUCAGAACCAGCCAAAACACCAAGAGGCCGAGGAGGAGCUGCAGCUGCAGCAAACGGGACACGACUUAAAACACCCAGAACCCCCAAGUCUCCACCUGAGAAGACGCGAUACGACACUUCGCUGGGCCUGCUCACAAAGAAGUUUGUGGAUCUCCUUGCCCAGUCUUCUGAUGGCGUUUUGGACCUCAACCUUGCUGCUGAAACCUUACAGGUACAGAAAAGGCGGCUGUAUGAUAUCACCAACGUAUUAGAAGGUAUCCAUCUUAUCAAGAAGAAGUCCAAAAAUAACAUUCAGUGGAUGGGCUGCAGUCUGUUGGAGGUAGAGGGGGCUCUGAGCCAAAGGCAAAGCCUCACUGCUGAGGUUUCUGCGCUGGGUGAAGAGGAGCAAAGGCUCGAAAAACUCAUCCAGAGAUGCAGCCUUGAUAUAAAACAAAUGAGCGAAUUACCAGGCAACCAGAAAUAUGCUUAUAUAACGUACCAAGACAUCAAGCAGCUGGGGAGCCUGAGAGACCAGACUGUAAUUGUCGUCAAAGCGCCAACAGAUACCAAACUAGAAGUGCCAGACCCUGAUGAGAGUCUGUCCAUCCACCUCAGCAGCACAAAGGGUCCUAUCGAAGUGCUUUUGUGUCCAGAUGAGGAGAACGACAUGAGAAGUCCUGUAAAAAAUGGCAACACCGACAUUAAUGGCAACUCUCCUUUCCUGAAAGUUGUUCAAGAUUCCAACUGCACAACCACUUCCCCCAGCACUUUCCUGUCUCCACCCGCAUCUUCUUCCGCCGUCUCCGUGACGACGCUUUCCCCCAUCUCAUCCCCGUACACCAGUCUCCUCCAGCAGACAGAAGACCAGGUCCCCUCAUCCCAAGGUCCCUUCUUAAACCUUGUGCCUCCCAUCUUGGAAGAUGACUACCUGUUAGGUUUGGAAGACGACCAGGGGAUCAGUGACUUGUUUGAUGCCUGUGACUUUGAUAAAAUGCCCUCACUUGGUCUGGAUGAUCUCCUGUGUAGCUAGCAUCAGCUAAAAGAAGAUGGAGAUGAAACUCAGA